AGAAGCUCCGUGGAAAUAUCCCGUGCAAAAGACCCUUAAAUGAUAUGCUUGAUUCCGAAAGGGGCUUUUGCUUCUAACAAUGCUGCAAAGGGUAUUGAUCUAAGAUCUGACGACCGAUGGUCCGAUGCAUCUCAUUGACGAAUCAUAACGUCCCUCUGACGGUAUUUGCCAAUCCCAGUAUGGUGGCAUUUUAACCCCGUGGUACAAAAAGAAGGCCAUGGAGGUUUAUGAUGGCGAGGCUUUUCAUCCACAAUCGAAUAUAUAAGGAACCCAUACCUCUGCAGCAAUAUUUACUGGAGUUCGAUAAAGACAAACAUCCUGUACAACUACACAGCCAACACUAAACUCUAUCAUAAGAGAAUUUCUAUUUAAGAUGGCUGUUUCCUACGAAGUUGCGCAAAAAAUCAUCAACAAAAAGCACCUAUACUGCCGACUUGUCGAUACCGACCAAUUCCAAAAGCUCCAAGAAGAGGUUACCCUACCCGACGCAACCUUCACCUUUUACUCAGAUGGCAAAAUUAUAAAUGACAAAGGAGUCGAGUUUAACUGGUCGUCGGCUGCAGAAUGGGCGAAGUACUUCGAAAACAGACUUAAGAACUCACAAGUAAUCCACCAUAUCGCACCGCCGCAUCUGGAGCAGAUCAGCCCCGACGAGGUUAAAGCAGUAUUCGGCGUUCAAUAUGCCUCCGGUCCAAAGGAUUCGCUCACUGAAGGACACGACAAUGGUGGAGGCUAUUACCACGAACGCUAUGUGCGGAAAGGUGACGACUGGUUUCUCAAGGAGAUGAAGAUGCACAACACGUAUGCCAGAGUAGGGUAAUUCUAAAUGUAUAAUAUGGAAAUAUUCUACUGGGCGAUAAGCUUUGUCAAAAAGCAGGCCAACCUUCUGGGAUGGUUGAUAGAUGAAAUCAUAAUAUUAACCCUAACCCUGGUGUUAUCGACAUUAGGUACCUAGAUGAUUGGCUGUCAGUAAGGGAUAUAAGGGAUAUAACACCAGGAAUUAGAUGACAAAGUAAAUAGAAGUUCCCAGCUACUUUACCAGAUUUAGGUAUAGAGGUGCAAGCAUGGAAAUGUUGACAAGACUCAAGAUACCGGUGAUGUAUACAGCUGAAACUAGAC